UUUGCCCAGGUGUGUGUACCUGGACCCACGUGCCAAGGCUUUGGUCUGGCCUGUCAGGAAUCCCAUUAAGCAAACACUCAGACUCACCCACUGAGUUCCUGAGCAUUCCAGACAUUCUCCAUGGAUGGGUGGACUCUGGCCAGGCCCACUCUGGCAAGCCAGAGCCCUUAGAGGCUUGUGGAAAGUGUGCACCCCAGCCAGACCAGGGCAGUGGUCAAGGCCGGUAGAGUUCCCAGACCUCCUAGGAGCACCCCCUAACCUGGUCAGACUAGAAAGUCUUGGGUGCUCCAGCCUGCCCCUCCACACCAGCACCUUGCACACCCAAACAAUGAGGCAGGAGUGGAUGAGCUCAAAGUUGAUAUGUGUGGACCCAAGUGGAGCUGUGAAGAGCCAUGGAAGGACACGGAGCAAGGACGCAGGGCAGCCAUGCUCUGGAAGUCCCCAGAGGACACAGACCCACACAGUGUCAGACUGAUCCAGGCCAACAGCUCUGCUCACCCCCAGGAAGGACCCAGGGUCCUGCCCAGAUCACACUCCUGGUUGUUUCAUCAGUUAGGCCUCAGUUUCCCCAAAAUGUGACUGGCAAAACAUCAGGGCUAGGGGCCUGGGAUUUAGCUCAAUGGCACCACAUCUGCCUGGGAAGCACAAGGUCCUGAGUUCAAUUCCUGGUACAAAAAAAAGAGGUCAGGGCUGGACAUUUAGCCCAGGAGAGUAGCUAUCCUGGCUCUGCCCCGGAGAGGCGGGGGUGUCAACUACCCCUGAGAAUCUUAACCCCACACCCUCCUCUGCCCUUGAGUCCCCACCAUGCCCUCCCUGCACAGCCCAGACUAGCUUCUGAGUACCCAAGACCCCCGGAUACCCUGCCACAUGGCCCAGAGGGAGCUAAGCACCAGCCUCAUUGCUAGGGCCUGGAGAAGCUUCCGGCAGGGGCUCCAGGUCCACAGGCCUGUGCAGGGGUCUUGGGUAGAGGCCUGGGUGAGGGAUGUGGCUUGGGCUCUUUCUGCCCUUUCUGCUCCCUCCGCAGGCUGCAGCCUCACCUUCUCCUGCCCUCCUCCCCUGCUGGUUCCCAUCCCUUCAGGGGUCCCAGACCCCUCCCCAGAGCUACCCAGGCAGCCCCUCCGGACAUCCACGUGGAAGAUGAAAGUCCGGGGCAAGAUGUUACUUGUGGCUACCGGCUGGGACACGGGCAGAGCUGUGCCUGAGGACCCCCAGGAAUCUGGCCAGGUGUGGGCCGGACAGGGGGCCAGACACUGGGUUCUGUCUUCUCAGCUGCAGGCCAGCACCAAGGACACAAUGAGCCACUCGGGGCCCAUGAGCUGCUGCCCGGGUUCUACUAAUGGCAGCCUGGGCCGGUCUGACGGUGUGGCCAAGAUGAGUGCCAAGGACCUGUUUGAGCAGAGGAAGAAGUAUUCCAACUCCAACAUCAUCAUGCACGAGACCUCCCAGUACCAUGUCCAGCACCUGGCCACAUUCAUCAUGGAUAAGAGCGAGGCCAUCACAUCAGUGGAUGAUGCCAUCCGGAAGCUGGUGCAGCUGAGCUCCAAGGAGAAGGUCUGGGCCCAGGAGAUGCUGCUACAGGUCAGCGACCAGUCAGUGCGACUGCUGGACAUCGAGACGCAGGAGGAGCUGGAGAACUUCCCACUGUCCACAGUGCAGCACAGUCAGACGGUGCUCAACCAGCUGCGCUACCCCUCGGUGCUGCUUCUGGUGUGCCAGGACUCCGAGCAGAACAAGCCCGACAUCCAUUUUUUCCACUGUGAUGAGGUGGAGGCUGAGCUGGUGCAGGAAGACAUCGAGAGCGCACUGGCCGACUGCCGGCUGGGGAAGAAGAUGCGCCCGCAGACCCUGAAGGGACACCAGGAGAAGAUCCGGCAGCGGCAGUCCAUCCUGCCCCCUCUCCAGGGCCCAGCCCGCAUCCCGUUCCAGCGCCAGGUGGGGGACUCCCCUCCUGCCAAGAAUCGGGUGGGUCCCCCGCUGCCACUCCAAGACCCAGGCUUCCGUCGCCGCGAAUCACAGGAUGAGGAGCCGCGGGCCGUGCUGGCCCAGAGGAUAGAGAAGGAGACGCAAAUCCUCAACUGUGCUUUGGACGACAUCGAGUGGUUCGUGGCCCGACUGCAGAAGGCGGCAGAGGCUUUCAAGCAGCUGAACCAGCGGAAGAAGGGCAAGAAGAAGGGCAAGAAGGGGCCGGCAGAGGGCGUCCUCACGCUGCGGGCGAGGCCCCCCUCCGAGGCCGAGUUCGUGGACUGCUUCCAGAAAACCAAGCUGGCCAUCAACCUGCUCGCGAAGCUGCAGAAGCACAUCCAGAACCCCAGUGCGGCGGAGCUGGGGCACUUCCUCUUCGGACCCCUGGACCUGAUUGUCCACCCCUGCGGAGGCCCGGACCUCGCACGCUCGGUCACCAGCCCCUUGCUCUCCCGCGAUGCCGUGGGCUUCCUGCGCGGCCACCUGGUCCCCAAAGAGAUGUCGCUGUGGGAGUCACUGGGGGAGACCUGGACGCGGCCCCGAUCCGAGUGGCCGCGGGAGCCGCAGGUGCCCCCCUACAUGCCCCAGUUUCACAGCGGUUGGGAGCCACCCUUGGAAGUGCUGCAGGAGGCGCCCUGGGAGGUGGAGGGGCCCGCAUCGGCACCGGAGGGCCAGCCAACCCCAGGGCGCAGACUGUCUGCACGGAGCUCCCCAAAGAACAUCCUGGGUGAGCCCACAGCCCCAGGUGAUGCCCUGCCACCAGCCAGCUCCCCCCUCACUCACAGGGGCUAUCAGCCAACCCCAGCCAUGGCCAAGUAUGUGAAGGUCCUCUACGACUUCACAGCUCGCAACGCCAAUGAGCUCUCAGUGCAGAAGGAUGAGGUCUUAGAGGUACUGGAGGACGGGCGGCAGUGGUGGAAACUGCGUAACCGAAGCGGCCAGGCUGGCUACGUGCCCUGCAACAUCCUGGCAGAAGCCCGGCCGGAGGAAGUCAGCGCCCCCUUGGAGCAGGCCGGUCAGAGAUUCUGGGGUCCCGCCAGCCCAACCCACAAGCUGCCCCCAACCUUCGCGGGGGACAAGGAUGAGCUGAUCCACCACAUGGACGAGGUGAACGACGAGCUGGUGAAGAAGAUCAGCCACAUCAAGGCGCAGCAGUCGCGGCCCUUCCGCGUGGAGCGCAGCCAGCCCGUGCGUCUGCCGCUCACCUUCGAGUCGGGGCCGGGCGAGGUCCGCGCCUGGCUGGAAGCCAAAGCCUUCAGCAGCCGCAUCGUGGAAAACCUGGGCAUACUGACCGGACCCCAGCUCUUCUCGCUCAACAAGGACGAGCUGAAGAGGGUGUGCGGGGAGGAGGGCAUCCGCGUGUACAGCCAGCUCACAGUGCAGAAGGCUGUCUUGGAGACGCAGCAGAGCGGGUCAGAGCUGGAGGAAGUCAUGAACAAGUUUCAUUCCAAGAGCCAGAGGAGGGUGGACAGCUAGACCUGGCUGCAUGGUCACCUGGCUUCGCAGAGGGCUGUAGCCUGUGCUGGGCCCACCCCACACGUGGGGUGUUAUCUUUAUAGGUGGAUUAUUUUAUACCAAGGACUUGGGGGCCAAGUGGGGGUCACCUGUGUCCAGGCCAGGCCUGGCCAGGCUCCUCUGCCAACCCCAGCCCACAAUGCCCAUAUCAAGGACCAGAGCCAGCCAAACCUGUGCCCACCCCUGGGCCCUCAGCCACCUGUCCCAGGCCACAGAACUCGUAGGGGAUGGGUCUCUUCCUUUGGCCUUCUGUACCUGGAAUGCUCCUGGCCGCUGUGAUGCCGACUUCCAGGCUGCUGACUUCUCCAUCUACCUGUCCAUCUGACUCCACAACCCAAGAAGGGUUGGAGCUCAGAGCAGGCUGGGCUGUGACCUGGGCUCCAGAUUUCUCCCCCACCCCACCCCAGGUAUUGCUUGGACAGGGGCUCCAGGACAGGACCCUGUCAAGGUCUGAGGGUAGACUGGACACGAGGACUGACUGCAGACGCCCACCCCACGAAGCCCAGGAAGGAGCUUCCCCUGACCCUGACCAUGUCCCAGGCCAGUGGAGCCUGGCCACUGUGCUGGUGGCUGUGCCUUGGGGCCAUGGACUGAGUGUCACACUCAGAGAAAGGCAACGAGCAUCAGUGGCCAUGUCAUUAAAACAGGUGUCUCCU